AUGGCUGCCCUCGCUCAACCCGCCGCGCUGCAAACUAGCUGGCCGCAGCCUCUUCUAGGAGGUCGACGCCUAUUGGCACGGCAGGUGAAGGUGGCGGUGCGACCUCUCAAUGCGCCGAGCGGCAGGACGGCGGCAGCGCCGGUCACGAGGGCGUCCGCCAUCAUGGACUACGUCUCCGACAUGAGCCGCGCCGCGCCCAAGGGGCUGUUCCCGCCGGAGCCGGAGAAGUACACGGGGCCGAAGCUCAAGGUGGCCAUCGUGGGCGCGGGGCUGGCCGGCAUGUCCACCGCCGCCGAGCUGCUCGACCAGGGCCACGAGGUGGACAUAUACGAGGCGCGGCCGUUCAUAGGCGGCAAGGUGGCGAGCUUUCAGGACAAGGACGGCAACCACAUCGAGAUGGGGCUUCACGUCUUCUUCGGCUGCUACAACAACCUCUUCCGCCUCAUGGCCAAGAGUGGGGCGGUGGACAACCUGCUGCGCAAGGAGCACACACACGUGUUCAUCAACAAGGGCGGUGUCACUGGCGAGCUGGACUUCCGGUUCAUAACGGGCGCGCCCUUCCACGGGCUCAAGGCAUUCUUCACCACCAACCAGCUCUCGCCGGUGGACAAGGCGUUCAACGCGCUGGCGCUGGCGACGAGCCCCGUGGUGCGCGCACUGGUGGACCCCGAAGGCGCCUUCCAGGACAUCCGCGACCUCGACAAGGUGAGCUUCAGCGAGUGGUUCACGUCGCACGGCGGCACGAGGGAGAGCAUCAAGCGCAUGUGGGACCCGGUGGCGUACGCGCUGGGGUUCAUAGACUGCGACAACAUCAGCGCGCGCUGCAUGCUCACCAUCUUCGCCUUCUUCGCCACCAAGACCGAAGCCUCCGUGCUGCGCAUGCUCUGCGGCUCGCCCGACCGCUUCCUUGCUGGGCCCAUCGCCAAAUACAUCACCGACCGUGGCGGCAGGUUCCACGUGCGGCAGCCAUGCCAGGAGGUGCUCUACUCCACCGCCGCUGAUGGCUCCACCGUUGUCACCGGCCUGCGCAUGAAGCAGGCGGGAGGCAAGGAACAAAUUGUGACUGCAGAUGCAUAUGUUGCUGCGUUGGACGUGCCCGGGGCGAAGAGGCUGGUACCGGGGGAGUGGAGGGAGCGGUGGGCGCAGUUCAGGGACAUCUACGAGCUGGUGGGCGUGCCCGUCAUCACCGUGCAGCUGCGCUACGAUGGCUGGGUCACCGAGAUGAAUGACAUUGAACUCUCUAGGCAGCUGGCGCGGGCGGCAGGGCUGGACAAUCUGCUCUAUUCGCCGGAUGCGGACUUCUCAUGCUUCGCUGACCUGGCGCUCACGAGCCCCGACGACUACUACAAGGAGGGCCAGGGCUCGCUCAUGCAGGUGGUGAUCACACCAGCCGACCCCUACAUGCCCAUGACCAACGAGGCCAUCGUGGCCAAGAUGAAUGAACAGGUGAUGGACCUGUUCCCAUCAGCGCGGGGGCUGACACUGCUGUGGCACUCGGUGGUGAAGAUCAACCAGUCGCUGUACCGCGAGGCUCCCGGCCUCGACCAGUUCCGCCCCGACCAGAAGACCCCCGUCCCCAACUUCUUCCUCGCCGGCUCCUACACCAAGCAGGACUACAUAGACAGCAUGGAGGGCGCCACACUGUCAGGCAGGAAGGCGGCAGCGCGAAUCUGUGAGGCAGGAGAGGCCAUCAGCACACUCGCCUCCCAGCAAAGAGCAGCCGUCCCCGCUGCUGCCGUCUGA